AUGGACAAUGCUCAGGAAUUUGCUGUUUGUUUCGACAAAUUGCUUCGAUCAGAUAUCAGUCAAUCUCUAGCACGUGUUGCCUAUGUCACAUCGAAUCCCCGCGUUGUGGUCGCUCUCGCCUCAGCCCUUCUUGCCACCCUCAUUAUCGCCGUUUGCUCGUUGGUGCUUGUCAUAGUGCUUAAUAGCGGCUCAACAUCGAAAGAAGAUGUCACAUCAAGUUCGAUGACAAACAGCUGUCCAGUUUCUUCAGCACUUUCACAAAAUGAAACACUUUGUCUCACGGAGAAAUGCGUUCAGCUAGCCGCGAAUUAUCUGAAUAACAUGAAUCGUCAAGCGGAUCCCUGCUCCAACUUCUACACAUUUGCAUGUGGGAGAUACGCCGAAAGCAAAGUUGUACCAGAACAUGCCAAGAAGGUUACUGUCCUAUCCGACAUGAAAAAGGAUCUCGAUCUUCACCUAAGGGGAAUACUAGAGAAUUCUUCUCGUAAGAAUGCGUCGAAACCAAUGGCUUUAGCACAAAUAUACUAUGAUUCUUGCAUGGACGAGGACGCUCAAAACGAAAUGGGUACUCUGCCAUUAUUGUCACUUAUUUCACAACUUGGUGGAUGGGAGAUGUUGACAAACGCAAGGUUUGAUUCAGCCGAUUACCACUGGGAAAUAUCAGCAGGUCAACUUGCCGUGGUUGGUGUGGAUGGUCUGAUAAAGGUCUUUGUUCACAACAGUUUUGAAGAUAGCGAUAAACAAAUUCUUAUGUUUUGCUCACCAAAGCUUUUUUUGGAGAAGAAAAAGUACUACCGUGGAGCGCCCUCGUCCAAUAGUUUCUUGAGCCAUUACCGCGAAUACAUCGUGGAUUUGCUCCAACUGCUCGGUUAG